AUGAAAAUAAUUUAUUUAUUGGUUGUAUUGUUAUAUUUUAUGGUAAUUAUUUCAUCAAAUAAUAAUGCAGUUUUCAGUAAAGAAAUUAAAAAUAAAAUUAAAGAAAUUAAUAAAUUAAAUCUUUGGGCAACACCAUUUGUAAAAAAAGGAAAUGUCUAUUCAAUACGUAAAACUGAAGAAGUGAAAGGUAAAGAGUAUUUAACAGGGGUCAAUGAUGAAGAGCAGUUAUAUAGUAUGUUUGCAGGUGAAAAAAAGAUUAAGAAGGGGAAUGAACUCCUCAAAGUGAAAUGGACCUCAACUUUAAGUAUUGAUACAGUCAAUGUUGAACAAACUGAAUUAUUUGACAAACUCAUGGAAUUACAGUUGGCAGAGGAGGAUAUUUUGACUGUUGGCUUAUUGGUUUAUAGAUACUGUUUAGAAGACGAACCUUACGAUUUAAAGGCAUGGGUAUCAUCUCUACCAGAACACUACAAUAGUGCAAUUUUUUAUACUGAUGAAGAAUUAAACUAUCUUAAAGGAUCACCAGCAUUUGUUCAAAUUAUGAUCGAAAGACAAUCAGCAAAAGAACUCUUCGAAAAACUAGCAUCUACUGUUUUCAAAGAAGAUUUGAUUACUAAAAAUUGCAAAAAUGAACUCAAUUGGGAAAGAUUUAGUUGGGCAUAUGCAACUGUUUCAGCACGUAGAAUUUAUGUUCCAAACCCAGAAUCAAAUAAACCAUCAGCCACAAUUGCACCAUACCUCGAUUUCUUUAGACGUUCCAAUGAACCAAAUGCCAACAUUGAAUACGAUGAAGAGUUGGGAACUGUUGAUGUCAGAACUAUUGCCAAUAUUAAUCCAAAAGAAGAAAUCUUUGUUAAUUUUGACCAUCACUAUUGUAACAGCGAAUUACUAUCCGAUAAUGGUUACAUCAUUAAAGAAAUCAACUCACAAUCAUGUGUCAAUGUUUUAAUUGAGGAGUUAUUUGACUCAAUCAACCAAAAUGAUCCAAAAAAACAAGAAAAAAUGAUAUUAAUUAAUAAUUUCUUUGAAGAAGAAGGUGUUAAGAUGUUAAGAAUUUCAUUAGAUUCACUCACUGAAGAUCUUUUAAAGGUAUCAAAAUAUAUAGCAUAUAAACAAGAAUCAGUUGUAGAGUAUCUUAUUAGAUUAGUUGAAUUAAAACAAUCACACUAUUUAACAACAAUUGAACAGGAUAAGGAAUUUAUUAAAACUCCAGAAUAUACUCAAUUAAAGAUUAAAGAGAAAUUAGCUUUUGAUCUUGCAUUCCAAGAAAAACAAAUUCUUUCAGGUGUAAAACAUAAUUUAAAAAACAAUAUUGAAAGUUCAAAUACCGAAGCUCAACCAAAUAAUCAAAAUAACGAAAAAGAACCCAAAAAAGUAAAAGAUGAGCUUUAA